AUGGAUUUAAUCACUAUCAACAAAUCUAUCAUUUGCAUUUUAGGAGAGUAUAAAGAAAAAUUAAAAUAUGAUUUAUCUAAUAAUGAAGGGGAUAUGCAUUAGUAAAAAUUAAAACUUAAUUAGAUUCAAUAUUAUGCUCCACUUAGAUUAUAAAAAGAAAUUUCAUCUCGGUGGAGGAAUAUUUAAAUUGUCAUGGCUUCAUAAAUUAAAAACUGUAUUUUUAUUCUUUUAUAUUUUAGUUUCCCUCCGUUGUAAUUUGGAUAUAUGACAUCUCUGAAUGUAUACAUUUGAAUUAUUAUAGCUGAGAAAUUGGACAAAUUAUUAGAAAAUUACAACAUCUUAAAAUAAAACAUUUCUUAAACCAAAACUUCCUAACCAAAAANUACAUCUGCAAUUUUAUCAAGAAUAAUGUUAAAACGAAUUUAUACAAAGAAAGAAAUCUAAGGAUGUUUAUUAGUAUUAUUUGGAGUGGCAAUUGUAGGAACAAGCGGAUUUAUAUUUCCUGAAGAAUAAAAGUAAUAGGUAAUUUCAAUGUUUAAUUUAGGAUUUAAAAAAAUAAGUGGUUUCAAUAUUCUUAAUGUUAUUCUCAAUUUUCCUAUAUGGAUUUUAAUAUACAAUUGAAGAAAAGUUUUAUAAAACAUAUUUUAUUCAUCCAUUAGAGCUUAUAGGAUAUGAAGGAAUGUGGGGUUUAAUUAUUUACACAUUUAUAUGCAUAUCUUUAACUUUUACAUAGUGUCCUGACUUUCUUUAUAAUGUUUGCAUUCCACACAAUGGAUUAUUUUAUUUCGAAAGAGCUGAUUAUUAUUUUCAACAAUUUUAAUAAAGUGGUCUGCUUUAAUUUGCUAUUAUUUUUGGAAUUCUAUCAAUUUCUAUCUACAAUACUAUGUGUUAAACAGUUACAAAAUAUUUAUCUUGUGUUACAAGAGCUUUAGUAGAUGUUGCUAAAAUUAUGAUGAUUUGGAUCAUAUCAUUAAUAAUUUCAUUAGCUACUACUUCCUCAAAUUAUCAUUGGGAAAAUAUUAGACUUGGUGCUAUUAUUAUAGAAGUUUUUGGAUUUCUAUGUGUUGUUGCUGGAGAAAUAAUUUACAAUUUCAAUUAAACUUAAAUUGAAGAAAAUUAAGAUAUCACUAAAAAUUUAAGUUUAUAAAAAGAGUGA